UUGAAAUUUUUCUAAAUGUUGAAAGAUCAGAAAAAGAAUAGUCUAUAACAUAUUAGAUUGGAGCAGACUUUUUUUGCCGCAUGCGCACCUUUCAUCCUCGUUUGUUAAAAAAUCUGAUUGGUGCAAUGUUGCCGCACGUAUAUUUCGUUCAAAUGGGUUGGUAGCUAGUCAAGCUUAAGUUAAUACCAAGUUUAGAUGUUAAAAUGGAACAGAUAUCACUGUUUACUUUUAAGUUUUUCUGAGACUUGGUCUUUGUUUUUGUCCUAAUUGAAAUAUCUGUUAGCUCAACACGUUAAUUUCGUUGCGAUGUAUAUAUUGUAACACAUUUAUUAAUUUCAAGAUCUAAAAGUAGCAGUUGGUGAUGAGUUCGCCCUUUUAUUCAUGCAUUAUUUACUUGUUUAAAAAUCUUAAUUCUUGAGACAAUUUAUUCUUAAAAAUUGACUAUGAUUGAACUAGUUCAAUCGCAGCAGUAUUCAUCCAUAAACGAAGGCGAAUUGUUCAUGUAAAUUUAUUUUAUGAAGAUAUUUGUUUAUUACGACUCUAAUGUGGGUUUUUCAUUUUACUCCCAAUGAACUCGAGAAAUUUAUUUCAAUGUCUUUUGCGGUUUAAUAAAGCUCUUUAGUAGCCCAUGGCUAGUAGUUUUCUUCAAAAAUGAUUUAUUAAUUAGCGUCGAACCUUUUUCUGAAUAAAUCUGUAGUAAGUGGUGAUCUUUAUUUGAAUGAAUAAUUUUCUUUAUUUAUUAAUUGAAUGAGGAAUCCUGAAUGCUAAGUGAUGUAGUACUUUUGAAUACAUUUUCUAGUAAUCUAUGCAUUGAAGUAUCUUAAGCAUUUAACAUUGUGCAGACUAUUAUCCUUUGAUCUAAUUGCUAGUAGAAGCAAUUUCUUAAGACAAUUUUCUUUAAAUGAAGACAAUUUGUGCUCAGUUCUAAAAAUGUCAUACUUAUUGAUGAGAAUCCGGAAGUUACAAUGAAUCAAUAUUUGUUAUUAUUUGAUACAAAACAAAGAUAUUCUCCAAUUCAAUUAUCCUAUUAUCAAACUUACUUCUAAUCCUCCUCAUGCCAUUUGGAAAAAGCAGCAAAAAAGCAUCGGGAAAGGUAUUUCCCGUAUGUGUUACCACAAUGGAUGCAGAACUUGAAUUUGAUUUGGAUUUAAAAGCUACUGGGCGGGAUUUGUUUGAUUUAGUUUGUCGAACGAUUGGAUUAAGGGAAGUAUGGUAUUUUGGCUUGCAGUAUGUUGAUAAUGAAGGAUUUGUGGCAUGGCUAAAAUUAGAUAAAAGAGUACGAGAGCAAGAAAUACAUAAAAAAAUGCCCGUUAAUUUUCUAUUUCUUGCUAAAUUCUAUCCAGAAGACAUGGCUGAGGAAUUAGUUCAAGAAAUUACUCAACAUCUCUUUUUUCUGCAAGUUAAACAGGCUGUUUUGAAUAUGGAUAUUUAUUGCCCUCCAGAAGCAUCUGUUUUACUUGCAUCAUAUGCUGUCCAGGCUAAAUACGGUGAUUAUGAUGAAGCUUCUUAUAAACCAGGAAUGCUUGCUAAUGAAGAUCUUCUUCCACAAAGAGUUAUUGAUCAGUAUCAGAUGACUCCUGAAAUGUGGGAAGAACGUAUUAAAAUCUGGUAUGAAGAUCAUAAAGGUAUGACUCGUGAUGAAGCAGAAUUAGAGUAUUUAAAAAUUGCACAAGAUUUAGAUAUGUAUGGUGUGAACUAUUUUCCAAUUUGUAAUAAAAAAGAAAGUGAAUUAUGGUUGGGAGUUACUGCUUUAGGGUUAAAUAUUUAUGAAAGGACAAACAAACUAUCUCCUAAAAUAACAUUUCCAUGGAGUGAAAUUCGAAAUAUCUCAUUUGAUAAUAAAAAAUUUACAAUAAAGUUAGUCGAUAGAAGUUCCCCUUCCUUUCAGUUCUAUUCUUCGAAAAUACGAAUGAAUAAACUGAUACUCGAUCUUUGUAUAGGGAAUCAUGAUCUUUUUAUGUGUCGACGUAAACCUGAUUCAAUGGAAAUUCAACAAAUGAAAGCUCAAGCCAGAGAAGAAAAAGUUCGUAGGCAAAUAGAAAGAAAUAAACUUGCUCGAGAGAAGCAACUGCGAGAAGAAAUUGAAAAAGAAAAAGCAGAUUUAGAGCAGCGAAUGAUGCAAUAUCAAGAAGAAGCUAGAGUUGCUCUUGAGGCUCUUAGAAGAUCUGAAGAGACUGCUGAAUUAUUGGCAGAGAAAGCUCGUAUAGCAGAAGAAGAAGCUAUGCUAUUAACGCAAAAAGCUUCUGAUGCUGAGGCUGAAAUACAACGCAUUAAAAUUAGUGCCAUAAAGACGGAAGAAGAGAAAAAAUUAAUGGAAAAGAAAGCGCAUGAAGCUGAACUUUUAGCUACGAAAAUGGUGCAAGAAUCUGAACGUCGAGCCAAAGAAGCAGAGAAACUUAAAGAAGAGCUUAUUAAAGCUCAAUUGUCAGAAAAAGAUGCCAAAGAAAAACUGCAAGAAAUAUUUAAGGGUAGUUAUUCUAAACCUUAUAUAUCUAAUAUGCCUGUUGAGGUCCUAAAUAUUGUGCCACGACAGUAUUCAGAACUUGAUACUGACCAUAAUAUGACUAGUGAUAAUAAUACUGUUAAUUAUGAUCUUAUUGGAGAUCACGAAAUGGAAAAACUCACUCAAGAAAUUGAAAAAGAAAGAGUUGAAUACUUGGAAAAGAGUAAACAUUUGCAAGAACAGUUAUUAGAGCUUAAAACAGAAAUAGAAGUCUUGAAAGUUGAAGAUAAUAUUACUUCUCUUGAUCAUAUAUAUGAAGAUAACGCUCGUAUUGGAGAAAAUAAAUAUUCAACUUUAAGAAGAACAAAGUCUGGUUCUACCAAAACACGUGUAGCCUUUUUUGAGGAGUUAUAAGUGCAUUAAGAUAUAAUUUAGGUAAAAAUUUAAAGCAAAGUGUUAUAGUUAAUCCUUGUUGACAUUUUAUAAUGUUAUCAGUGUUGAAGUUUUACAAUAUUACCUUCAGUGCCAGAAAAAUGCCUGUAAAUAAUUAGACAUAUUAACUAUAUAUACAGAGUUACUAUUUUUGUGACAUGUUUUAAAGAAUAUAUUUAUACCAAAUAUAUCAAAGUGAUUUAUAAAAAAAAUAAACUAGUAUUGAAUUUAAUUUCAAAAUGCUUUGUUUGAAUCUCAUCGCUUGCUUAUAAUUCUUGAUACACUUGUUUUAAUUUUUUUUAGCUACUUAAAACUUGUUAAGAACUAAGUCUAUGAAAAAAAAUACAGUCUUUGAAACUUUGAUUGAUACAUAUAAGUAGGUUCCUGAUUUGUUGUGUAAUUUAUGUCUGAGUAGAGUGAUCUUAAUGUUUUGUUUCUUUGUGAUUGCUUUGUCCUUCUUUAUGCUAUUGUUCUUCGGGUGAAAUACCAUGUCAUGAAAAUUUAAAGUUUAGUCAUUAAUUUAUUAAGAGGAUUUAUUUAUUUAGUAUUCCUUUGUAAUUAAUUAGCAUUUUAAGUUAUUUCUUUAUACCAAAGCAUAUAAAAAUAUUUUUAUUUAGUGUAUUACCUUUUAAAUUUCUUUUUUUUAAAUAGUUUUUAUCAUUUAUAGGUUCAGUCCUUACCUCUAUAAUAUGUUUUAAGCAUAAUAGUUUAUUUUACCCAUACAGAAAUUUUUUUUUAAACAUAAUAGCUUUUUUUUUAAGCAUAAGUUUUUUUUUACCCAUACAUAAUAGCUUUUUUUAAGCAUAAUAGUUAUAUUAUAGAUUUCAUUUCUUUAAUAGAAAUAGUAUUUUUAUGUACUAUACAUUUUACAUUUAUUUCUUUACUAGUAAGUUAAUUACAAUUAGUAUGUAUUAUUUUUUAAAUUAUUUCUUUAAUAGUUUUAUUUUAAUAUUUCUAGGUUAAGCCUUUCAGCCCCAUUAAUGUCUAAGUGCAUAGUUUUAACAUUAAUGUUUUAGCAUUGAUAGUUUUUAAGUAAAUAAUUAACAUAAUUUUUGUUAGCAAUGAAUAAUUUUAAUUUACUUUUAUUCAUGAAUUAUUUAUUUAAACUAUCAUUUUAAAAGUUCCAUAUGCAAUCUCAUUUAGUUAUGGGCAAGUUAAUUUAGUAUGGAGUUUUAUCAGUGUGUUUUAGCACUGAUAAUUUUAAGCACCUUAUUUUACUGAAUUUUUUCAGCAAUAAAUAAUUUUAAUUGACAAAUUUCAUUAUUAAAUUUUUAUGAAUGUUUAUUUUAAAAAAAUGUUUCUUUUCACUUUUAAAAGUGGGCGAGUUCUGUAACAGGAAACUUCUGGAGCAUGCUUCACAUUGUUAAAAGGAGGAGGAAUUUGUAUAACAUUUGUUGAAUGCCAGAGUUUGGGGCUAUCUGCCUUUCUUUUUAUAUAAAGAAUUAUUUAGGGUUGAAUAGAAUAUAAAUGACUUCUAUUUGUCAUGAAAUAUAUCAUUUUGUACUGACUAUAUUUUAAAUAAUUUUUUCAUUGAAAUAAAAAUAGAUUAUCUAAUUAGUGCAACUGGCAUAAACUGGUUGAAUUAGAUGCUGUGAGAGUAAGUUUCUGAAAAUGAUUAGAAUAUUAUCAUUUGUUAAGUUUUUAUCUCAACUGUUUUUUUUUAGAAUUAUUUUAAAUUUUGAAAAAAUAACUAAGAAAUAAUUAUAGUGUAAUGAAUAAGUCAGAAACUACUGUUAAAGAAGUUGGCAGUUGGAUAAAUGUCUACAUCUGUAUUGUUGAAGUGAUUCAGGGUGCACUUCACUAGCUUUGUUGAAUAGAACUCGCCCAUUCAUUUAAAUAGAUUUUUUAUUUAUAAUAAUAGAAUGUUUAUAAGUAUACUUGUUUACUGAAUAUUAUGUUUCACAUAUUUAUGCAGUAUUAAAUUAGUGUAACCUGUGUAAGUUGAUUACUUGUGAGAAAAAAUAUCUGGUUCACUUAUUAAGGAGGAUAUAUUAUUCCACCUAUUUUUUACUAUUAUGGUACCUUUUCUUUUUCUUGCUGUUAAUUCCUACUUUUUCUUAUUUUUCAAAACCUUUAUUAUUUUAUCGUUUUUACUUCAAUAACUUUUACAGCUUUUACAAAUUAAGGGUGUGAUUUAAGAUCAAGUAUUAUAUUGCAUAUUUUUACAGAUUGAUGAGUUGGGAAAAAGCAGAUUUUAACUUCCUUUACAAUGAGUCUUUUAUGUUUUUCGUUUCUUAUUUUAUUUUUUGAAUUUUGUAUUAUCAGUAAUAUAAAACGUUUAGUUGAAAUGCUGCGGAUGGGACUGGGUGGCAAAGACUACUUGUGACGGCCUUACUUGUGAGUGCUCUGAUAGAAUUAGAAUGCAAUAAUCACUUUGAUUAUGUCUUGUUCUAAUGUCAUUAAUCAUUUUGCAUUAAAGUGGGUAUCUCGAAUACUUUAAUUUUAGAAUUAUGAAAUUUGUUAAGUUUCUUUGUUUUUUCAUUUCAACAAAUUUUUUCUUCUGAGAUUCCAAUUUUUUUCCCGUCUAAUCCCCUAUUUUUCUUAGUAUUUUCUAAAAAAGUCAGCUGCUGUCAUUAUCGACCACUUCUGUAAACACUUUAAUUUUAGAAUUAUUGAAUUCGUCAAGUUUCUUCAUUUCUUGAGUUUUUUCAUUUUAUGUGACUUUUUUUUCUUCUGACAGUCCUAUUCUUUUUUGUCUAACCCACCUAUUAUUUUUCGUAUUUUCUGAAAAAAUUAGCUGCAAUCACUAUCAUUAAGAUCAACUUAAUCAGGUGAUCAACAUACUGCGGUAGUCAACUUAACAGGUUUCACUAAAUUUCAGUUGGCUAAUUCUUAUAAAACUUUGAAAUUAAAAAUUUGGUUUUAUUUUGAGCAAUGACUUAUAAAAAAUGUAAUUGAUUUUUUGAAUAUUGAGUGUUUAUUUUUAUUACCAAAGUUUGCCAUUUUUAAUUAUGUUUCUGUUUGCAAAAUUUUACAAGAUAACUUUUUCAACAAUAAGUCAUUGUGUCAUUUUACAUUUUUAAUAAAUUUUGCAGUGAUAAAUUAUUUCUAUGGAUUACAUUCACUAGUGAAAAUUUUACAAAAAAUAUUUGGUUAUUGCAUUUUACAUUAACACUUUUUCAGUAAUUGCAGAGAUGCCAACUGCUCCGGACACGCCAAAAUAAUGAAAAAAACGGUAGAUAAUUACAAGUAAAUUUUGCAAAUAUUUGUCUAUUUUUGCUUGCUUUUUAAAAGGUAUAGCAUGACAUAAGUACUAUAAAGUGGUGAAUUACAUAUGAGCCAAUGAAUUGCUUAGAAAUAGUGGUGGAUAAAAAUCUAAAUUAAACUUAGUAAACCAUAAACCAAGAAUCACAUUUGAUAAGCUACCACUUUAAUAUAUAUAUUUGCUGUCCGGAGCAAGUUGGCAUCUCUGUAAUUGUAGUGAAUUAUUUUUACCUUUCAUGAAUUAAUAGUUGAAUAAUAAAUGAAAUAUCUGUGAAAAUAUCUGCUUUUACUUGCUACAAUAAUAUUUUAUUUGCAGUUGCUAUCUUGUUAUAACUGCUCUUUUUGUUACCUUUGAUAACUUCUGUUAAUUGUUAAUCUAUUGGUUCAAAUUUGCACAAAAAUUGAAUAACUGAAAAAAAAGUCUGUUACACUGAAAAGCAGCUAGAUCCUACAUUGAAUCCAGUUGUUCAGAACAGACAAAGAAUUAAUUAAUUUGUAGUAAAUGUAUGUAUUGAAAAUCAUAUGUGUUUUUCUUUUUGUUAAAAUAUUUUUUACUGCUGACACAAUGAAACGGUAAAUAUAAUUUCUAAAUUUGGAUGAUGCAAAAAUAGUUUUUUUCAUUUUAUUUAAAUUUUGUAUUAAAUGUUACGAUUGAAAUUUUCAAUCCUAAAAGAAUUUAAUAAAAUUUGAUCAAAGUAUGCUGUUAUUGAACUAUGUAGUAUUAGUUCUUUUAAACAAUGUGAUUUCUUCAUUUAUUGGCACUCUACACUAGUGGUUAUUUAUAACACAAAAAAACUUGGACAUUAUAAGAUAAGUUUACUAUUUAUAGUAUCUCAGUGCAAAACUUGAUUCGAUUAUAAAUGAGACUGAAUCACCUUAUUAGGUUUUUGGCUUGCUGUUGGAGGUCCAUAUCUGAAGAAUUUUAAUCCACCUUAGCCCACCUGAGAUACAUAGGAUUUAUUUAACAUUUUUUGUGUUUUUGCUUACAUUUUUUAUUUUAAAGAUGUAGUAAAACUGCAAAAUAUAAAUCAAGUUAUCAGUUCUGUUAGUAUUUAGUUUACAAUUCUAUUACUACUCAUGAAGUCUAUUCACAUGUUUUUCUCAUUUUUUUUUUUAAAUUGAAAUUUAUAUUUAAUCUUUAUUUUUGUAAUUAAAGUUUAUAUUUUAGUUGCACAUGUAAUAUUUAAUAAAAAAUGUUAAUUUCAAAAUGGAUUAUUAGGUCAUGAAAUCAAAGUAAUUUGUAAAAGUAAUUGGUUGUAUUUAUUAUGCAAUGUAUUAAAGUUAUUAGUUUAAUAACAAGUAUAGAUAAUAGAAAAUGUCUGUGUAUUGUACGAUUUUCAUCAAAAAAUUUCUGAACUGAUAAUAUGAACUACUUUUAGCGUGAACAAGUUUUCUAUCCCCCUUCAAGCUGAUGUUAACAAGGUUUGACAUUCUUUAUUCCUAUAGUUUGUUGAUUUGUGAUUGAUUAUCAAAUUAACUUUUUUUACAUAACUAAAAAUGUCAUCUUAAUAUUAGAAUUAGCAUUUGAAAUCAACUAACAUGUUUUGCAUCAUCCAAAUAUAUCAGCUUAAGUUUAAUUUUAUCUUUUUAUACGGAGCCUCAAGGAUUUUAAAUUGUUAACUUUUUAUUUUCAGUUCAAAAAGAACUAUUACAGUGAGAACUAUUGUAAUUUACAUUAUUUUCCAAGUAAUUAAUUUUAAUUGUAUUAGAGUUGUUAAAUAAAAGUGUUAUAAUUUUA